GCCAAGAACGCUUGUUUGAAGGCAUUCCAAUCGACCCACAUGUGUUUUCUGAACCAGUCAUGUGCGGUGUUGCGAAGUAACAAGAAGACAUUGUCAGCGACUGCGACACUCGUUUCAUGUCGGCAUUUUCGACUGCUCUCAUGUAGGAGUCCGGCACAACAAUGAAACCAAGUUCGGCUUGGCAUCCGCAUACAGACGGGCAGACGGAGCGGGCACAUCAGACCGCUCAAAUGAUGCUUCGUACGCUCAUCCGUCCGAACCAGAAAGAUUGGGUUGACCGCCUCCCCGACAUUGAGUUCGCCUACAACACUUCGGUGCACCCAGCGAUCGGCGUGACUCCAUUUGAGUUACACCAUGGUGGACGGAAAGGCCGUAUCUUCGCCGACCUUCUCCUCCCUCGACCAGCCGACAUUGACGCCGCUUGCUUUCCCGCUUUUGUCCGGAAUUACAGGGAAUUGCCUGCUCAAGCCCACGCAAACAUGCAAAAGGCUCAAGUCCGCAUGCAGCAGCAAGCCAACAGGCGUCGCGUGCAAUGUCCCAUCCGCGCAGGUGAUCUAGUUUGGGUCUCCGCGGAAGAGUUUGCACUGGAACAGGACGUUUCACGCAAACGGCUUCCCAAGUGGUUUGGACCUUGGUCGGUGACAUCAGCCGCGGGCGGUGAGCCCGAUGGCCCUUCAUUUGUGAUCAACAUUCCCAAGCAUCUGACGGUCCAUCCAGUCUUUCACGCGUCGAAGCUGGCAACAUAUACACCAGCUAAGAGCGACGACUUCCCGGGCCGACGAUCGCAGGACCCUCCAUCUAUGGAUGGUCAUCAGGAGGUUGACCGUGUCAUCUCGGAUCGCAAGUGCGGCAGCAAGCCGCGCCAGUACAAAGUUACAUUCAGAGCAUGCGAUCCCGAUGACACUCGGUGGAUUUCAGGAGCAGAUUUGAAAGCAUCUGCACCGCUGAUCUACACUCACUACGAGCGACAGAGGUUAGCCAAGGGACCUCCACGACCUGCCACUCCCACCCGGACUGUGGUCCCUCCCUCAGACAGACAGCUGCGCCCUCGCAGCUCAAGAACACCUCAAACACAGCUCAAACACAGUCCAACGACUAGCAAGGUUAAGCAGAGGUGUCAUCCAGGGCAUUGACRUCCACCCAGGACAACUGGGACACCCAGAACAUCCAGAGCAUCCAGAACAUCCGGAGCUUCUACGUUGCAUCUCAGCACCUCAAGUGACAAGGAGGGGGAUGGUGGUAGAGCCAAAGCCAAAAGCCCGGUGGCCCCCKGGCCYAAGGCAGGGGCUUUCCGACCAUGGUUCUGGKGUGCAGUUAUUACUCAGCUAGUUGUAGGGUUAUUACUCAAGGGAUCUGACUGAGGAGUUCCCAUCAGAAUGGUCAGAGAUACUUAACCCGGGUGUUCUGAUAGCUAUGUACUCAAUUUUGUACUCAAGGGAAGCUGGACCCGAUUUCCAGCAGGUGAAGCUCCCCGCCAAUAGAUGGA